CAGACUCUCGAACAGUCGGAGGGUCUAUUUCUGAAGAGCUCAAACCCAGGAGGAUGUGGCCUCUGAAUGGUUUCCCUCUGCUCUGCUGUGGUUGAUCUGGGAUGAUACAGGACACUGAUGACUGCAGUAGAUUGGCCUUUUCCUGUUUUGACGAGCCCAGGUGACCCAGCUCUCCAGUUCUGUCACUAAACACAUUAUUCAACGACACAGCUGGGCACAAUCGCUGCUUCCUAAUGCACAUCGACAUCCUGGAAGCCAAAUAGGAGGAAAAGCUUCUUUCUUAUCAAGAGCAGAAGAAGAUGAUGAUGAAGAUGGAGUCGAGCUCGUGCACGGAGGAUCGGAUCCAGCAUGUCCUCGAGCGCUGCCUCUGUGGUUUGGGCAUCGACACUCCGGAUAAACAACUCUGGAACGCCGGGCUGUGCAUUAACCGCUGGUGUUUGGAGGAACUUGUAAAGAGACAUCCAGAAAACUUCCUCAUACUUCUGCAGAAAAUACUGAAGAAAACAAAGGAGGUGCUGGAAGAGUGUCGGUAUGAACUGGUGGUGCCACUUACCCUUCUGUUCUCUUCUACCCUGCUUAAAGCUCCUCACGUGGCUGCAGACCUGGUUUUGCUGCAGGAAGCCUACCUGUUGUUCCACAGCUUCCUGACCUGGCCGGAGCCCUGCAGCUCGGCCAGCAAACGGCUGCUGAACGUCCUGCAGCAGGAGCUCAGAGCACCAGGUAUUUCAUUUCAAAGACUGGUUCAGUCAGAGCAGGGCAUUUCCCCUGAGAUUCACCACUCCAAAACCAUGACGGUGCUGUUGGUGGGUCCGGUGGAGGACGUCCCCCCGGAGGUCCGAUCCGUCUCAGAUCAGCUGAUCAGCAGCCAGGACUCCUGCAGAGACGUCUCUGUUCUCCUCAUCCUCCACGCCUUCCAGGCUGCUCUGGGAUCCAAUCAGAAGCUGCAGACGCUCCGCUGCGCCCUGCAGAGUAAGCGGCCUGGAGAGCUGGAGUAUUUGAUGGAGACGGUGAAUAAUCUCAUGGAGAACGCAGUUUCUACAGUUGAUCUCAGUACAGCCAGGACUACUUUAAUCCAGAGUAUGGAGAGACUAGGAGAGAGCAUCACUUCUCCUCCUGAAGGCUGCACUGAAACUGGAAAUGUUGAGACUCUCGUGCUGCCCUCACCCAAAUGUUACACAUGCUCCUGGGAAAACGACAACUUUGAUUUUCUGAACAGCCUUCUGGACUCCGACAUGGACUCCGCUGCGGAUUGUUUCCUGGAAGCAGAAAUAGACGAGGAGGAUAAAAACGACACCAGCUUGGACGAGGAAGACGAGGCCGAGGGGAACAAAGAUGUGGACUUUCUGAACAAUCGUAUCUCCUUCGCCUCCUCUUCCUCCUCCAGAGACUCCGGAUACUCCCUCUCCACGCCUUCUGGAUCUUCAGGCGUGGAGAGCGACUUCAGUGAGGAUAUAACCCACGAAGACGUACAAGAGGGACCGCCAAAGCUUCGGAAGAAACCCAAGAAGAAGUCGAGAAGCAUCUUAGGCGUGGAACGAUUCUCCUCGUUCUUCAAGACUCCACGAAGCCCAGCGAGCUGCCGGAGAGUUCAGAGUAUGGGCAACCGGGUCGAUUUCACUAAAGACGCUCAAAGAAAUGGAUCGCAGCUCAAACACCCGACGUUCCUCUCCAAACAUCCGGAUCCUCUUUCCCCGAGGAAACACGUUUGUGUCCGCAGGAGACCGAUCCUGAGCUGCUACGAAGGGGUGGUGGAGGAAGUGCCCACGCUGGUCAGAGUGGUGGUGUUUGGAGGAGAUAAGGAGGCAGGGAGGCUGGCGAGGGCGUACAGCGACCUGCAGCAGAAGGAGAGCAAAUGUCCACGACUCACCAAGACGUGCAAACUGCAGUUUUACCUCAUUCCCACCAGAGGGAGGACGACAGGAAGUGCAGGAGGAGGAAACACUUCCACUGAGGGGUCGACAGGAAGCUCAAGAUCUGCUGCUUCUGUGGAGUGUAAUGGUGGUGUGUUGGAGGACUCCACUGAUAUCGCCCACAUGCUGGGUCUGAUGGACUCGUGGUACGAGAGGAACGUCCUCAGUCUGCUCAGCCUGUCCUCUGAAGUCCUCUGUCAGCCUGCCUGUAAGGAAGUGAGCAGCACGGAGAACCUGCUGACUGACAUGGUGCUUUAUUACUGUCGACAUGCAGACCAGCCUGUUCUGCUGCAGCUCUACCAGGCAGAGCUCACCCUGGCUGGAGGAGAGAGGAGGAGGGAGGUGUUCCUCCACUCUCUGGAGCUCGGACACUCUGCAGGAAUCAGAGCGGUGAAGGCCAUGGGUGCUGCCAGCAAAAGGUUUGGAAUAGAUAAAGAGCGGGAGGCUGUUCCUUUAGAUCUGCGAGUUGGCUACAACAAGGUGGCUGUCAGUGGGAGGAGUCAGUGGACCCAGACAGAUAUGGUUUGCACGUCAAUAAAUCUUUACAAAGCCUGCAGGAAACCUGAGCAGCUAGAUACAAGAAUAGAAAGUCUGCAGCUGACAAUGACAGAAGUCCUGAAGAGCUCCAAGUCGAAAAAGGGCUACAACCAGCACAUCUGUGUCUCCGAGGUGAAGGUGGAUAAGGUGCAGGUUCAUGGAAGAGAAGUUGGAACGACUUUUGCUGUGUGUCUGGAUCAGGAUGAGAAGAAGUUCAUCCAAAGUGUCACCAGGUGUGAGGUGUCUCUGUGCUCUAAAUCAGGAAGUGGUUCAGACUGGAGAUCCUAUAAACCGUCUCCGGGUCAGGUUCAGCCUCUGCACCCGUCCUACUGCUCCCUGCUCUGCCUCCCCCUCACCUCCUUCUCUGCCUCUCCGCCCUGAAAACACUCAGUCUGAGACAAUCCACGGAUUCUUAAAACUGAAGCAAUGCUGGAUGCGGAAUAAAGAGACUGUGUAGAUAAAAGAGAUUCAAGUGGUGCAGGGAUGAGGUAUUUUUGUAGGAUAAUCUGAAAGUUAGCAUCUACCUGGUUCACUCAGCAAAAAGCCAAUGGGAUUUUUCAAUUGGAUUUUGGCUAAUGUUGGGCUAUAAAUAAAGGAACUACAGCACGGUCACAUGACUUCACGUCACCACCGCUAAGCUAAAGGAGGCUAAUGUUGGGCGUGAUGACGUUUAGUAGUCUCAUUUAGACACUUGUUAGCAACCGCCAUUUUUAAAUUCAUCAACGUGGUAUUUAGUGACGUAUUCUAUGUUGUAGAUCAAAAAUAUCUGUUAACCACAGACCUUAUUUCAGGCUAACAACCAAAAACAUAAUUGACUUCCAGAUGAGCGAUAACAUAAACUCCUAAAGUGCUGACUAAUUUCUUGGUUCCUCAUUCCUGCACCACUUUAUGAAGUAGCACUGUACAAAUACAUGUAUUAAAGCACUCACAUUUCAGGUUUAUCUGUAGAUGAUAUACAGCUGUGUCACAUCUUGAUCAAAAGGAGGCGUGUUGGACUGUUUCCAGAAACGUUUAUUUUCAGUCUAGUUUAAUUCCCGUAGUUGCUUGAAGUUUGUAAAAAUAGAAAAUGAAUGCCAAUGAUCUGCUGUCAGGAGCAUUAAACUGAUUACUUGAUUACCACUGUGUACUUCCUGCUGAGUAAAUAUAUGAGUUGUAAAAUAAGCUAUUUAUUUUUGAAGUGAUUGCAUUUCAUUGUGUGUUUAUAUCUCGCCACAUUUCAAAAAUAAAAUCCUUCUUAAUGCA